AUGAAUUUGAAAAUAGCUUUACCAUACAUUUUAUUAGCUGGCACAUUAGUUUUCUUUGCUUAAUACUUAAAAGAAGUAGUGCAAUAUCCAAGGUUAUAAGAAUAAAAUGUUUGCUAUGAAUACACCCCAACUGCCAUGACAUUUGACUCUACAGUCAUUACAAAUACUUGUGAAGGAACCUAUUCGUUUGAAGUUAUUGUUUAAUACUUAAACAGAAACCAUCAAAGACACGACAAGACUUACACAACAGACUGCUUAAAAUAGAAUGAAACUUUCACUAUUCCUGCCUACGAAAUAUCUAUCGUUAGAUAAGUCACCUAGGUUGAAUGUUGA